CACAUGGCACUAGUACUCGACGGCCUCUCUGUGCAGGCGGCGGCCGCAGACCAACGCUCAGCCGCUUCGACCACGGCCAGUUCGCCGGGCGACUAUCGUGCGGACAGCUGUGCCCAAAGUGCGCUGGCGUGAAGCGAGAGCGUGGCCCGGCGUGUCACGUCGUUUUGCCGGACGUUUUUGUUGGUGACUGGUCACGAGUGCAGGUACUUCUCUGUCUGGUGCGCGAGCGUGGUUUCUCAUCGUCAGCCCGCGGUAGUUCCUUGCGUGGGAACGUUUUUUUUUUGCGCAGAGAGAGAAAAGAAAAAAAAGCUUAACGGAGGGUUAAUCAGGCUUUGAACCGCACGCUUCUGUGGUGUAAGCGGAGCUCUAAAGUUUUCGUCGAAGAAACUUUACCGGCAACGCUUACAUUCCAUGUAUGCGCGCGCGUCAGUGCCAAUUAGCAUUUUACUGUACACCUGAAGACCAGGUGCCGGCAGGCUUAAAUUUUUCGUGACCGUCCAGCUAUUACGCUUAGUUGUAGGAUUUCAAAACCAGGAAGAAAUAAAAUCUAAGCUCAAAGACUGCGAAGAAAGCGCAAAGUGAAGCGAAAGUUCACAUGAGAUCAUUCUCCACGCGCAUUUCUUUUUCCCGAGUGCGGAUGCUGUUACGGAACUGCUCGCUGGCUGCUAUCCGGAGAAGCCGCCCUGCAAGUUUCUCCCUCUAGGAUUGCUGUGCCCGAACGCCGUACUGCUCGCUACAGCAACUGUCAGCGCUUUCCUCUUGCGGACAGACGGUUUCAGCUGCGGCGGGCCGACAAAACUGCCUGGUCCGCCUGGUCAACCGCGUUUUUGCCGGCCAGCAGGCGUGCGAGUGAACCGACCCGUACGUAGCGGCUGUGCACUGCUGACAUUCCGGGUCGUCAUCGUGAUGACACGUUGGUCGGACGCAGCAAGCGCUCCCGAAAGCUACUGCCGCUUGGCGGGUCUCCGGACAGCUGGUGCGGCCGGACGGCGCCCAUUGAGCAGCAGGCACUCACCAUGCCGGCCAACAACAGCGUGGCGGCCGCCAAGUCGCCGCCGGCCGCCGAGCCGCUGCUGCCGGCCACAGACGAGGCCAGUCCGCGGUCGCCGCAGCACAGGAGCAGCCCCGGGCCGCGCUCGCCGGCGCCGUCUAAGGACAGCCCCGUGUUCUUCGAGAAGAACAAAGUGCGCAAGCUGCGCCACUCGGCCAUCCGGGAUGACGGAUACUGUUCCUCGACCAGCACGCCCCUGUCCUCAGAGUAUGUGGACCACCUGAGCGCCGCCGAAGGUCAGACAGCUGUGAUCCUGGCCGACGGUGUGGCCUCGACAGUGCCUGUGGCCAGCAAGCCGCUCGAGGACAAGGCGGCCGGAGAGCGACCCACGUGGAAGAGCAAAGCGGACUUCCUGCUCUCCAUCAUUGGCUUCGCCGUAGACCUGGCCAAUGUCUGGAGGUUUCCCUACCUCUGCUACAGAAACGGCGGAGGUGUAUUCCUGAUACCGUAUAUGCUGAUGCUAAUCUUUGGAGCGCUGCCACUCUUCUACAUGGAGCUCGUUCUGGGGCAGUACAACAGACAAGGUCCCAUAAGCGUCUGGAAGUUGUGCCCCCUCUUCAAAGGUGUGGGCUACUGUUCAGUGCUGGUGUCAUGGUACGUGUCCUUCUACUACAACGUCAUCAUCGGCUGGGCGCUGUACUUCAUGUUCUCGUCGUUCCGGGCCGAGCUGCCGUGGUCCAAGUGCGGCAAUCCGUGGAACACGCCUAGCUGCUACAGCGGCACGCUGGCGGACAACGACACGGACGCGCCGGCCGCCGACAACCGCACCUCGCCCGCGCUGGAGUUCUUCAACCGCGCGGUGCUGGAGCUGCACACGAGCCCCGGCAUGCACGAUCUCGGCAGUCCAAAGUGGCAGCUGCUGCUCUGCGUCUUCCUGGUUUUCAUCAUCCUCUACUUGGCGCUCUUCAAGGGGGUCAGCUCUUCCGGAAAGGUGGUCUGGGUGACGGCCACGGCUCCUUACGUCAUCCUGACUCUGCUUCUACUGCGUGGUGUGCUGCUGCCGGGUGCCGGCCAGGGUGUUCAAUACUACCUGCAGCCGAAUGUCAACAAGCUCCUAGACACGCAGGUGUGGGUGGACGCCGCCGUGCAGGUCUUCUACUCGGUGGGAGUCGGAUUUGGCGUUCACCUCACGUACGCCUCGUACAACCCGUUCCACAACAAUUGCUACAGGGACUGCCUCAUGACGACGGCGGUUAACAGCUUCACGAGCUUCUACAGCGGCUUCGUGAUCUUUGUGUACCUGGGCUACAUGGCGGCCAAGCAAGGGGUGCCUAUCCAGCAGGUGGCCACCGAGGGACACGGGCUCGUGUUCCAGGUCUACCCCGAGGCCAUCGCAACUCUGCCCGGCGGUCCCCUGUGGGCCGUGCUCUUCUUCGUCAUGCUUCUGACGCUCGGAUUAGACAGCGCGAUGGGUGGCCUGGAGAGCGUCAUCACGGGCCUCAUGGACGAAUUCAAGACGUUCUUCGCACGCUGGCGCUGCCGCCGGGAGGUAUUCACGGCGGUCGUCAUCUGCGCCUCUUUCCUUAUUUCCAUCGUCAACGUCACGAGGGGUGGCGGAUACAUGAUCACGUGGUUGGACACCUACUCCGCUGGAAUCUCUCUUCUCUGCGCGGCUCUAUUCGAGUCUAUAGGCAUCGCCUGGUUUUACGGCUUGGACCGGUUCUGCGGAAACAUACAUGAGAUGCUGGGCUUUCGUCCGGGAAUCUUCUGGAGGCUUUGCUGGAAAUUUAUCACUCCGACCUUCCUUGUGGCGGUCAUCAUCAGCGGCGUGGUGAACCAGGCGCCCGUGGAGUACCACAACUAUCGGUACCCACCAUGGGCCAUCAGCAUGGGCUGGGGCCUGGCGCUCUCCUCUGUCUCCAUGGUGCCCCUUGUGGCCAUCAUCAAGUUAUGCAGGGCCAAGGGCACCUGUACCCAGAGAAUUGCAUACACCAUAACACCGGCUGCUGAAAGAGAAGAGGAAAAAGAAACGGGCACAGUCGAAAGAUUCAAGCUUAGCCACUGGACCUACGUGUAAAGUGUCGAGCAUCUACUACGACCUUCACAUUUGCUGCGGAUGUGCACUUUGUGACUGCACCGGUGUCCGUUCGGACUGGAGUCUUCUCGCCAAAGAUUUUCGGAGCCAAAGUCACUAUCACGUGUACCCCUCCGUGUUCGUCGUCAUGCGUCGCUUCCACGACAGCAGCUGUGAGAAAAGACUGCCAGUGUGCUCGGAAGAACGUCGCUCGUGCCGAAGGAUUCGCCGCAUCGACGGUGUGUGUUCGCGGGGGAAAGGGGGUGGUGGGGUGACUGUACACUUGUGCUAUACGGUUGCUUCGCUAGGGUCCUCUACCCGAGCGAACACCGCCGGACUUGGCCGCCUCUCCAACGGCAACUGCACGGAGUGUGUGAAAAUGGGGAUUAUGCAACACGCCAAAGGUUGAACUCAAGCAUCCGUGUGACGUGGGGCAGUGCAGUGAGGCGUUGAAUAAGGUUGAGCCGGAGCUGUUGCACGAGGGUUGUCUCUGCUAGAAGGCAAUAGCAGCUGAAAAGGUUGUUAUGGAAACUCGCUGCCCCCGCUCGUCUUAUCCGACGCUGCUCAGUCACAUUACAAGCUACGUCACACUGGGGACCAACGGAAUUCUCCUGGAAACUGGCGCCCCUUCCCUGUAGAUGGCAGAGCAGUUUUGAGUCGAGCGCAGCGUUGGCCCGAGCGUGGAAGUCGCUCGGGUCCGUGGAUGGUACAUUUGACCCUUUUGAUCUAUAGCUUAGCAGGUGGUUAGUGAAUUGUCAGCCCCUGUCCUUCCCAGGACCCACCACAGUCUUGCCACUUGCAUAACCGUGCUUUUGAAGCCGUACAGAGCCUCGCAUUUAACCAAGCUCUGCGAGCACCAAGCAGAGCUGCACGAAAGUUGUUGACGUAAGAGCCCUUGCACGGUCCCGUCCCGCUAGCUUUCUUGUGCCGCCACAAAUACCACGUGGAUAGACUGGCGGUUGUUCGUCGCUGUGUAGAAUACGCGGCAAAAAAAAAAAUACAUCCUUGUUGCAGCACGCUAUCUUCGUUCUGAAAACGUCGUGUAAAAGUAUGUGCGGUUUCUCGCUUUCCUGUUGGCAUAGUUAAUAAUGCAUUUCUUCAGAGAGGCUACGAAUGAACAAGCAUCGUAACAUCCAUCAAAGGGGCCAGUUAAAAGCAAAUGAACUGCCUGGUUCGUACGACGCCCGAUCGACAGUAUACUGUAUCACUUCGUUACACUUUGCCUCGGGCUCAUCCGUGUAGUGUGACGUGUUGUGGACCACGAGCAAACUGUUAGAUUGUACGCGGGCUUCAUAUUCUUGACGUGGUGUUUGCAGAACUUCACGUAAGCUGAGCUGCCGGCUGCUUUUUCCUUUGAUCCUUUAAGCUGUCUGCCAGAUAUCGAGAGAAAGCUUUACGCCAGACAGCACGAGCGAAAGUUGCGUAUGGUCCAAGAGGUGAUAGCACAAUAUGUUAUUGCGAGUUCAAUUUCACCCUGUGACAAUUUAUGGCUUUCUCCCGCGUAUUUUCGCUAGAAAUAAUUUAUCUACAUAAGAAAGAAUGCCAAACAAAAGAUUAUUGUCCACAGCAGACAGCUGAGCCUGGCUUUGGAAGCUCAGACCAUUAUAGUCCGCCGACACAUCGAGUAUUAUCAAGACAGCGUUAUUCAUGUCUAAACACCUUGAAUGCGGGCGCCCCGGACACUCUCGGGGUGCUUGCCGAAUGCGGGACAACGUGCGUGCCAAAGCUCUAUUUUACAAAGUGGCGCAUUUUAUUUUUCAAACGCUUUCCGACCAAAGCGCCGCACUUUCACCGUUCAUAAUCCAUAAAUAUGUAAUACGCGUGCGAAACCAUGACUGUUUCAGCGUAGCGCACAUUAUUUUAUAUAUUAACCCGUGCGAAUGUAAAAAAAAAAAGUGUAGCCUGUGUGUACAUAGCCGCUGCAACGCGCAUACAUUAACGUCAUGCGUGACCUUGCUGGAAAGAAUGAGGGCACACACAUUAGCAAACCACAACAAUAACUGAUUUCACUUAUAAUUCAGCUCAAAGUUUCCGUAAACGCCAGUGCGUAGAACGCACACUCGUUGCUCCUUUGCGCUUAGUCAUUGCAGGUCGGUGCUGAUGCUCAGGGCACGGUGCUUGCGGCGUCCCGCCGUUAUAUCUCGUCGCGGCCGCUCGAUGAAGUGUCCGAGUAACUGAAGGUGUAGUGAAUGAGAAGCGUUCCCGUUGUGGACAAGCUGCUUUUCGUGGCGUUUUCUGAGGAGGGGCUAAUCCGGGCAGUUUAAAAGCGAUGCGCAUGCAUCAUUGCUUUCACAAAUGGUCUUCCUGCUUCCACAAGGAGGCGGGCUUCUCCGUAGAACACAAUGCCUCCGGGAGACCUUCUCUUCUGUGUGCAGGAAAGAGUAAUUCGGGAAAGCGUGUGACUCAGCAUUACCGGCACUACACAACUGUGCAGCUUCGUGCAAAACGUAGUCGCAUUGACUUUGAAGUUAGUAACGGAAGCACGUGAUUUCACGCUUUAUGUAUCCGUGCUCGCCGUGAGCUGUCGGCAACAAAGUGCUCCGUCAUUUGCGACAACGACUUGUGCGUGGAAACAAAAAAGUGGAGAAACGUGCUACGUUUCACUUUUUUUUUUUUCAAAGAAAAGGUAAAGGGAUUUAUUGCUUCAUGGAGCUCCGGAGAGCUCUUUCCUUUUUUUUAUGUUCGUGGAAAGCAGGUCAUAUUCUGCCCCAAAACGCACGGUUCACUGCUCCGCAUGGUGAGCUUCAUGGGCAUCGCUCAGGUGUCUCUUGUCUGCGUCUCGCGUCAAAUAACUAUGUCACACCACUUAUGAGAAUAUGCAAUGCAAUACUAUCCUCUUAUUGCUUUUAUCUUCAGCAUCAUUUUUGCUUAGGAUUAACUCUAUUUAUUUACUUUCGGUUAACAGUGUGGAUGGCGUCAUUAUAUUGCAGCCCACAACGGCCUCAUAUUUAAACGAACAUGUCAUAUACGUAUUUUUUACACCCUUAAAUGAGGUGCGUUUGAAUAAUUUUGUUCCUUUUACACAAGUGUUUAAAACCAAUUGAACUCAGGGUGUUUGAAUGACGUGGCGCCAUUGGUCUGUCACCUCAUCCUCCGCGGCUUACAGUUCCAGUGGCGACGCGUAGAGCUCGUAGUUGAUAGCCUAUAGCUUUGACCACAGUGGUAUCCAGAUAUGUGUGUAUGUGUGUGUGAUAUACAGGCACGUUCACGAGAAGCACCGCUUAUGUCCACGCGCACAAAGAUAAAUACAUAUAUGCUAUAUUAUAUAAAUAUAUAUACGAUAUAUACUUGUAACGACGGCGUCCAUGCACUCUGACGCCCCUGUAUUUCCGCAGCUCAUCAGGAGACGGCGAACGAGUUUGUGCGACUCAGACGCAUGAGCAAAGAACGUAACAAGACAUAGUAGCGCCAUAUUGCUUGGGCACAGCGUGUGUAACAUCUGAAAGUGAAUUUGUGCCCGGGCCUCUUUCGCGCAGGAGUGUCGCCUCCUGUUCACGGCGUAUUUUCAUGGGCUGCACAAGAGACAAAGCAGGUUGUGAAUGUUUGCAGUCUAUAGAGAAACUUUAACGGCGCGUUAUUUUUGGAGCGGACAUGGUCCGUUCGCCACAAGCAGGGGACUCGCUUCGCCUGUUCAUCGGACGUUGGCUCCAGUAGUUUCAAGUCGGCCCGAGUUGGCCAAGGUCAGCUCGAGUCGGCUUGAGUUCGCCCCAAUUUAGGUGGAAACGCCUCAAGUCGGCCCGAGUCGAUCGACUGGCUGCACCGAAUAGUGUUCCACACAGCAGGAUACAGCUAGCACCCCAGCGUACAGUGUUCCCAGAGUGCGUUGUUUCCCCCGUAGCAAAGAGCGUUACCUUCCCUGCGAACUCUGCAUCCCGCCCUAUACUUGUGAUGUGUGGCCCCGUGAACUUAAGAAAGCACGCGCGUAGGAAAAAUGCCACUUCACUAUUUUGUGUGGGUAUGUAGUUCAUAUUCAACACGUGGCAAGCAUGCAAGGUAAUUACGAAGUAUAUAUGAUGCGAGGCCCAUUUCAAGGGCAGCAUUAUUUUUCUCUCGCCGAGCACUUUCGAGAUUCUAUAUGUGUGCGUCCAAAAUGGCGCGCAAUAAGUGUUCUUGGGCGGCAGUGGUGCUUUGGGGGCUCGCGCCAGAGGGACGCCGGUCUUGCGGAUUCACUCGUGUGCCAUACUUCUCCCUGUUUCGAGCUGGUCUCAGUGGUACAAGUUAUAAACGGGACUACUUCUGACAUUUGUCUUUUGUUGAAUGAUCGGCGGAUUACUACAGGAUUUGCGACCUACAUGUGACAGCAGGAGACGACGAGCAGAUAGCACAUUGUGUAGCCUGUGGUACACAAGAACACACACAGCAAUUUCUAGUUUGAUUCGCAUAAGCCCAGUUAUGACAUGCACAAGCUACAGGGUGACUGAAAAUGUGCGCUCUUCGUAUCUGAAAAAAAGAAAGAAAAUAAGCCUCACACAGGCAACAAAAAUUCAAAACACUACAUGAGGCUCGCGAUGGAUCAGUUAUGGAUACAAUAUAGGUCCGAUAGCGUGUUGUUUGCGUUUAGGGCUCUGUCACGAGAAAGCUGACAUCUGCUGUUUAUGUACUUGUUUUUGAAAAAGACUGGCUAACUUGGUAACGUUGGCGUGAACUCUGGCUGACUUAUCGAGUAGCACUGUGGCCACCUGCUCUAUAUAAUUAGGGACACUUGGGCUCGUUGGCACGGCGUUACGAAAAUUCUAAGAAAAGAAACACGAGGCCGGCGCUCGUGUGCCAAUUUUCUUUCCUUUUUUUUAUUUGUCUGUCCUUCUGUUUCUGCGGUACGAGUGAAACACCUUUAGCGGAAGGCCUCACAGCGUUAGUUAUGGGACACCGCUAUAUUGACUAAAAAUGCAGCCUUUUCCUUUCAUAUCGGGUCUGAAAACAUGCAUCUGUUCUCGCUUCAGUACACUAACCUUGCAGGUUAACGCCCAUUCGCAGAUGGUACAAACAACAUUAUGUUUCAAAAACAGGACACAUCGUAGGUAUUUGUAGAACGAUGUGAAAGAGCAGGACGUGCCGGCAAUUGGUCUGCCGGAGCGACCCCUCUUUGAAAGGUUUAGCCGAAGGGUGAACAAAUUGAAAAAGUCCAAGUCGGCACUUGGUGCAAGACGCGGUCAGAGGGAACGAGAAUGUGGAGGAAGGAAAAACAAACGUGCCAUCUAAGUUCCGCAAACAUGGGCAACGAGUCCCCUAAAUGAAACGACGAACUGCCUCGUACAGGUUUCCUCUGUCAGACACGAUCGCAUACUUUCGCGAUCAACAUCGGCUUUCGACCGUUAGGCUGUGACUUCGGCGGCACACAGUCCGCGCCUCGAGGGUUUCUCGGUGAGUGUGAAAUGUCUCUAGGGGCACCCGCGACUAGCGGACGGAACAGGAGACCUGUCGGCAGGCGCUACAAGUGCGCCCGAGUGAAAUCGCUGGCGAGCGUCCCCCCCGCACGCCGAACAGAGGCGGCUCCUGUCUUGUUAGCGUUGAACGAGUCGCCUCUUUCGGUGGUGCCUGUCACAUGGCCAAACCGCACUCGCCACGCCCGCACCAAGCCCCAACGCUCGCUGCUGCGUCACUGUGUACUGUAUAAGCGCCAAUGCAAAAGUAUUCAAGGACCACAGCUUGAAUGGGGACGCGGCGUCAGGUGACCAAAGCUUUGAUGGCGAUGUCCUGGUGGAAGGGUGAAACACAGCAGAGGCCCGGCAAUUGUGUUGUUUGCAUUUAGGGCUCUGGCACGCAAAACAUGGCAUCCGUUGUAUAUGUAUGUGUUUCGUUUUUGUUUUUGUGUAAAAGAGCAAAUUUAAUUAUUUGCCAUCAACCUGCCGGAGUCCCGUGCCUGCUACCUUCUCUCACCCUUCCUCGGUUUGCGCGCGUCUCUCGAGGAGCCUCCGACGCGCGAGGAGGCACUUCAUUUCCCAGCCUGCAUUCGCGGCUUCGUGCCGCGCCGUGGCACAAGGCCGGCGAUUAAAUCUUUGUUCACCACCCCUCUCUACAGCUGUUUCAUUUCUGUACAUAAUCACUGGCGCCCAAUUUUUUUUUUUUUUUCUAGUUGCGCUGUUGUUCCCGUGGUUGGUUGUUCUCGCUCGCUCUCUACUACUGUUAUCACUCUGUGCUCUCGCUUUGUUUGCGCGCGAAAAUGGAUGUUGAAAAUAAAGGGAAAAAAAAGUGGAUAAACGAUG